AUGGAUGAAGAAGAUCGGGCUGUAAGAAAAAACAAAAGAGAAAAAGGCUCAAUGUUCCUUCCAGCUGGAUCACUUGCCUCGUUGGCAAACCAAAUGUCAUUGAGGGGAACAAAAAGAAAUGUUCAAGCAGUUGAUUGCUCAAAUAGGGAAAAACAGGUUCCAAGGUUAAGAUCCCAAGUGCAAACUCAAGUGCAGCAAGAGCCAAUUCAUUCUACCUCUCUUGUAGAACAAGUACAACAAGUACCAAGGCAUUCAACCGCUUCUGCAGCACAAACAGUACUAGGACAAGUGCAGCAAGAGUCACGACAUCCUACCCCUUAUACUGCACAAGCAGUACAGGAGCAAGUGCAACAAACAUCACAAGAUUCUACACCCCAAGAAGCAAAUCAAGAAUCUGAGGAACAAGAAAAUGUCAACACUAACAGAGAGAAUCGCAAAAAGUUGAGGUAUCCGCAUACUGUUGCCAAAAAAAGCUUUGCUGUAAUUCGCGAGGAAAAAAAGAAGGAAGGUCCCGAUGUUGUGACGAAUAAGGCCAUCUUUGUGACUACAAGAAAGAGGAAACCUGGUCAAGCUGAAAUGGAAAGAGUACAAACUCAAGAAAGCGAAGAUGGAGUUGAUGCAUUUGCCGCAGUUAUGGGACCUGAUCAUCCGGGCCACCAAAAAAUGGAGGAGAUGGAAGCGAGGAUGCAAAAAAUGCAGGAAAAAUUCGAUGCACAAACGGAGUCUCAAGCAACUGAGUAA